UUCAAAGUUAGCUAGCUAGCAGAGAACCACAGAGAAAAAGAGAGAGAAAGAAAAAUGGGGAGAAGCCCUUGUUGUUCAAAGGAGGGUUUGAAUAGAGGUGCUUGGACAGCUCAUGAAGACAAAAUCCUCCGAGAAUACAUUACAGUCCAUGGUGAAGGAAGAUGGAGAAACCUUCCCAAAACAGCAGGUUUGAAAAGGUGUGGCAAAAGUUGCAGACUUCGAUGGCUCAAUUAUCUCAGACCUGAUAUUAAGCGAGGCAAUAUAACCUCUGAUGAAGAAGAACUCAUUAUCAGACUCCACAACCUCCUCGGAAACAGAUGGUCUUUAAUAGCAGGGAGGCUUCCAGGACGAACAGACAAUGAAAUAAAGAAUUAUUGGAACACCAAUUUAGGUAAAAAGGUUAAAGACGGUCACAAAACCUCAUCAACCUUUUGUCGCAGACCAAGCAAUGAAAACAGCACACGGAAUCCAAUGCCCCACUUGGCCAAUCCUAAACCAGAUUCCCACCUGGUCCGUACAAAAGCCACCAAGUGCACUAAGGUGUUUUUCCCUCACCCAUCAAUGCUGCAACUUCCCAACAAGUCCGAGGAAGAAGAAAAGGUUGUUGCGGAUGCUGUGAUGAGUGUCCAGAUGGAACUCACUACCAACAACAAUGGCUUCUUGUCGUUUCCCGAUGAAGAAAAACAGCUCUCGGCAGACAUGCUCACAGAUUUCAACGUGGGGGAUAUCUGCUUCUCUGAUCUUCUCGACUCCGAUUUCAACAAUAUCUGCAACGACCAGCACUUAUUCUCUCCUUGUUCGGACCAACCUUUUCAUCUAGUCUGCUCCCAAGAACUUCUCAACAACUGCACGCAAACCAAUUUUGCAGACCAAAACAGUGCUUCAAACAACCUUCAUUCUUUCAUUUCGUUCCUCGACACCACCGAGGAAACACUGGGAAAAUCAUAAUAAUGGCUUCUAAGUUGUCCAUUUCUUCUCUCGUACAUGCAUUCCCCCAAUAAAAUUCGUCC